AUAGAUAGAUAGAUAGAUAGAUAGAUGGAUGUGCGUGCGUGCGUGCGUGCGUGCGUGCUUGGGUGUACAUUAACGUGACGGAAGCCAUAUACAGCCUAGUCUCGCCAGAAGUCCUGAUUGUUGGAGUUUCCUGUCAGAACUUUCCAGAUUAAUGAGAGACUUUGUUCCUGACUGCAGCUUUGCAUGCUGGUGCUGGACUGACUGCUGGGGCGCGAGCUGUCCCCCUGAAGCAGCACGAGGACAGGGCAGGAGCCCUCGCGGUGAGCGCGCUGCCCGCUCACACCAGCUAUUCAAACAUAAUUCAGGGAUGCAGGACGGCAGCAGUGGACAAACCGACCAAAACGUGUAAAUAAAAACAGUCCUUCCCCAGAACGAGGCGUUCCUUACAGACUUUUUGGAUCAAUCACGCAGACAGUGGCUUCUUUUGAUUAAACCCCAAAUUGUCAUUGGGCAGAAGUAAUCAUGUGACAGGCAAUUCGGUCCAAUUUCAACCUUGUCUCCAUGAAUUCAAUAGUUUAAUAGUAGCGCGGUCCCCAUACGGCCGUAAUCAGUGAAUUAGAAAAAAACACUAGCAGCGAAUUUUAUGAUUUUUUUUUUCAAAUCUGGGACGCAGCAUUCAAAUAAGAGCUAACUUUCCGAAAGCUCCGAGGGAGAUGAAUUACGAAUUCGAGCGAGAGAGCGGUUUUAUCAAUAGUCAGCCGUCGCUUGCUGAGUGCCUGACAUCUUUUCCCCCUGUCGGUGAUUCAUUUCAAAGUUCAUCAAUCAAGAGCUCGACGCUUUCACACCCGACACAGAUUCCUCCGCCUUUCGAGCAGACCAUUCCCCGCCUGAACCCGGGCAGCCACCCUCGGCACAGCCGGCCCAAGCAAAGCCUCAAUGGCUGCAGCCCGCUGCCGACCGCCUCCCUUCCCCCGGAGUAUCCCUGGAUGAAGGAGAAGAAAGCUUCCAAGAAAAAUCACCUGCCGACCUCCACAGCGACAGCCGCCGCGAGUGGAGCGGUGUGCUUCUCCCCGAAAGGCUCGCCCGAGAUUCCAGACACCGGAGUCGGAGGAUCCCGAAGGCUGAGGACGGCGUACACAAACACGCAGCUCCUGGAGCUGGAGAAGGAGUUCCAUUUCAACAAGUACCUCUGCCGACCGCGAAGGGUGGAGAUCGCCGCCUUGUUGGAUCUGACAGAGAGGCAAGUCAAAGUGUGGUUUCAGAACAGGAGGAUGAAACACAAACGACAAACUCAGUGCAAGGAGAAUCACACCGGGGACGGGAAGCCGCGCGGCGCGGAGGACGGGGCGCAGAGUGAGGAGGACAACCCCCUGUUCGAGCAGGUCCUGAACAGCGUGUCGGGGCCCUUGGCGGAGAGGGAGGGCUACUCCUUUCAGCAGAACGCGCUCACACCGCAGCAGCCGCAGAAUGUACACAAUGGAGAAUCACAAACUUUUACUGUUUCGCCUCUGAACAGCAAUGACAAAAAUCUCAAACAUUUUCCCAACCCGUCACCCACUGUUCCCGGCUGCGCGCCAACAAUGGGCCCGGAGACCGCAGCUGGCCCGGACAAUGCCAGUCCCGCGGCCCUGGACGUCUCUUUGCAGGAUCUCUCUGUGUUCUCGUCAGAGUCCUGCCUCCACCUCUCGGAUGGCGCAUCUCCCAGCCUGUCCGAGUCUUUGGACAGUCCCGUGGACAUUUCUACGGACAGUUUUUAUUUUUUCUCGGACACUCUCACAACCAUCGACUUGCAGCAUCUGAACUAUUGAAUCCACCCGAAAACACAACUCUUCAGCAACAGAUCUAUGCCGCUUUUUCUUCAGACUUUCUUUUUUGCCUUUGAUAUGAC